GAACUCUUCGUUUUCCUGAACUUGUCAGUUGUCAAAUACAGAAAACAAUGCAUAUUUAGUUUGUCAGUCAGUAAAUAAAGGUUUUUAGCUCAUAUUUCUGUGACAGUAUGGAAGUGUUUCAAACCGACAACCACUACAUUAUUCUUGACGGAGAAUAUAGUCUUUGGUGUAGUAGAAGGCAUGGAACAUUAGAACCAAAGACAGGGAAUGAUUUAUGUUCAGCCUGGAAUCCAGUGUGUAUUGGCCUGGUGUAUGGAGUUAUUGGUAAAAUAAAGAUCCAUCCAGACUCUGAAUGGCGGUUGUUAUUGAUAAGCAAACAGACAUGUGUUGGCCGACUGGGAGGAGAACAUGAUGUUUAUCAGAUCAACAAGAUCACUGUCCUGUCAUUGUCAGACUCAGAACCAGCUGAAGUUGAUCUAGAUUUAUGCAAGAUGCAUCAUUUUGGAAUUCGUCAGACAGACCGUAUUACUCAGAAUGCCGAUGGACAGGGGAAGUCACUCCAGAAGACCUGGAACACCAUUAAAUCUGCAGCAGAAAAUGUUAAACCAAGAAAGAAAGAUGUCAAGGACAGAGAAAAGUUUGAAAGAAGAAUAUUAGAGGAACUGAUCAAGAUGUACAAUGAAAGUAACAGUUUUUACUACUGUAAGACCCAUGAUCUGACCAACAGUAUACAGAGUCAGGCAUCGUCCAGCUACAACAGGACGUUAGAACUGUGGCAGAGAUGUGAUACACGUUUCUUCUGGAAUCUCCACAUGGUGAAGGAGCUCACUGAUCUCACUGAACAGAAUGACAAUAUGCAAGAGUAUAAAGAGAUGUCACAAGGUACCAGGUCAAAGAGAAGAGGUCUAGAUGAGACAGGUGCUUGUGCCAACUAUGUGGAAACAGAACAGAUAAUUGAAUUUAGUCAUCACCGUGUGUCUUUCGUGCAAGUUCGAGGUUCAAUACCAGUAUUUUGGAGUCAGACGGGUGUCAAGUACAGGCCACCACCAAAGCUAGAUAAAGAAAUCAUGGAGGAAAGAAAUCAGUAUUCUGGAGCAUGGAUUUUAAACAAGCCAACUUGUCAUAAAGAAAUACAACAAACAAGACCUUGACAUGGUUAACAGGAAACUGAAAAGAGAUGCAGUGCUUUACAAAUGUUGGAGAGGAAAAUAAAAACCCUAAAGUUUGAUUCAGGGAGAAAAAGCAAAGGAAUGAACAAGUAAUUAUUUGAUGUGUUAAAGCCAGAAAUGCAGUUUUGGAUCCAGGAAAUUGAAAGGAAUAGACAGAAAAUACUGUAAGAUGGAAAGUAUCGAACACAUUCAGGAAGAAAAAAAAGAACUAGGACAAAAGUCCAGUAGAAAGGUUACAUUGAAAGAAGGCAGCUACCCAUACAGCAUUUCACAGGAAAUAAGGGUAUGUGUAAAUAAUUACAUUUACACAGUGGCUGAUCAUGUGUUAAGAAUGGACACAGAAUACCAUAAGAAGGAGUUAGAAACGCAAUUCAUGGUAGGCAAUGACUUGUUGUGUACAUCAUCCCUGAUGCAGCAUUAAAAAAGCCCUCCUGCUUAGCUCAGUAGGGAGAGCACAGAUAGUGGAAAGCAAAAGUGGUGUAAUGUUCUCUCUACAAACACAAAUGGACGAUAAAACUGUCCCUAAAAAAGUUCUAAGAAGACAGAUAAUUGAAGGACAAGCUGGCACUGGUAAUAAAGAUGCAGUGUCAAAAAACGAAUGCAUCUCAAAUAAUUGAUUACAUACCCUACAAGUAGUGCCUGGUGAAAACGGUCAUUAAUCUCUUAAUGAAAGAAAACUUUUCUCUGAUUUUACUCUUUACUCUAGACAUGAUUGGUACUAUGACCUGUAAAGUAUCAUUCAAAAAUGCAAUUAUGAAAAGGAUUUUGCAAAUGCUGCUGUCAUAGAAUUUCUUGUAUGAGGUUCUCCAUAGAAGAAAAACUAUAAGUAAACCAUAUUCUAUCUUUUUGGCUGACAAAUAUGCUGCAAGGAAAGCCAUCUGCUUAAACACUUUGCCAGUCAUUGACAUUGAUGAAAUACCUGGUGAAAAUAUAGGGGUUAAGGCGGCUGACUUCAAAUCACUUGCCCCUCACUGAUGUGGGUGAGCCCUGCUCGGGAUGUUGAAUUCUUCAUGUGAGGAAGACAUCCAAGUGGCUUACAGAAGGUCGGUGGCCGCUCUUAAUGAAAUAAGGCACGAAGGGGCACCUUGGGUCUUCCUCCACCAUCAAAAGCUGGAAAAUUGUCAUAUGACUUAUAGUUGUGUCAGUGCGAUGUAAGAGCAGCAUAAACAGUAUAAAUAAACUUCUUACACUAACAUGUUUUCCAACUAACCAGUAAUUGUCGUUAUAAUUGUAUUCCUUUGAAUCUUACUUUCAAGAAGAAUGUGCCCAUUGUUUCCAUUUACAUGUUUGUCUUUGUGUGUUUUUCUACACUGAUUCAUCCUAGAACUGCUGCAAGAUACACAACCCUUUGGAAUGAGAUGAUCCAAAACUACACUUAUUCAUCCCAGAACUAGAUUGCUGUAAGAUACACAACCAUUUGGAAUGAGAUGAUCCAAAACUACAUUUACUCAUCCCAGAACUAGAUUGCUGCAAGAUACACAACCCUUUGGAAUGAGAUGAUCCAAAACUACACUUAUUCAUCCCAGAACUAGAUUGCUGCAAGAUACACAACCCUUUGGAAUGAGAUGAUCCAAAACUACACUUAUUCAUCCCAGAACUAGAUUGCUGUAAGAUACACAACCAUUUGGAAUGAGAUGAUCCAAAACUACACUUAUUCAUCCCAGAACUAGAUUGCUGCAAGGUACCCAAUCUUUUAGGAUGAGAUGAUCCAAAACUACACUUAUUCAUCCCAGAACUAAGAUUGCUGCAAGGUACCCAAUCUUUUAGGAUGAGAUGAUCCAAAACUACACUUAUUCAUCCCAGAACUAGAUUGCUGCAAGGUACCCAAUCUUUUAGGAUGAGAUGAUCCAAAACUACACUUAUUCAUCCCAGAACUAGAUUGCUGCAAGAUACACAACCAUUUGGAAUGAGAUGAUCCAAAACUACACUUAUUCAUCCCAGAACUAAGAUUGCUGCAAGUACAAAAUCCUAUAGGAUGAGAUGAUCCAAAACUACACUUAUUCAACCCAGAACUAGAUUGCUGCAAGGUACCCAAUCCUUUAGGAUGAGAUGAUCCAAAACUACACUUAUUCAUCCCAGAACUAAGAUUGCUGCAAGGUACAAAAUCCUAUAGGAUGAGAUUAUCCAAAACUACACUGAUUUAUCCUAGAACUACACUUCUGCAAGAUACACAUUCUUCUGAGGUAAGAUUAUCCAGAAACUACACUGAUUCAUCCCAAAACUAGACUUCUGCAACAUACACAACAAAGGUGAUCCAAGAAUGAUGCUGAAUUAACCAGACUUCUGCAAGAUACAUAAUCUUGUAGGAUGAGAUGAUCCAAAAACAACAGUGAUUCAGCCCAGAACUAUUUUUUCUGCAGCAUGCACAUUUGUGUAAUAUGAGAUGAUCCAAAAUUAAACCAAUUCCUCCCAGAUUUGUGGCUGCAUGGAAAUAGCAUGAUUCUUUGCAUGUAAUUCUGUUGAUUUGUUUUUGUUUGCAGACAACAAUUGAGCUGCUUUAUUAAUUCUUUUUGCUGACAAUUCUUUUGUUUUUAUUAUUAUUUGCAAAUAAUUAUGUUGAUUUGGUUUAAACUCUUUUACAGAUAAUUCAUUUGUAUUAUUGUGCCCGCUUUCAGAGAAGUAAGGGGUAUGUUUUUUCGCUCUGUGUCUCUGUCUGUCUGUCCGUUUGUCUGCCUUUCUGCUGGUACACCAUUUGGUUUCUGCUAGGUGUCAUGCCUGUGGUAAAUAAAUGAACAUCCAUAUUAAAAACGCUAUAAGUAAAAAAUACUAUUUAAUUUUGGCUGGGAGAGCUAGUGUCAGAAAGUCAUCUGACUGUGCUAGGCACUGAUGAGCUUCAUAGGGAAAAAUAUGGAUCACUUUAAUGGUAUAAGCAGCACUAACUGUUUGAGCCAUUCAUAGCGGUUUAGUAGGCUUAAGGUCAAGGUCACAGUGAUAUUGAGACUGAAAACAGUGUCUGCUUGAUAACUAAAGAAUGUUGUGUCCUAUAGUCAUCAAACUUUAUUGGAUGACUACUUGUGGUCCAUACAUGACCCCUAUAGUUUUUGGGUCAGUAGUUCAAGUGGUUUCAUCACAUUAGUAAAGAACACUUCGGCCUGUAGUUGUCAGAGUUCAUGAGCCAAUUCCCUGUUGUUAGUAUAGGUGCCCGCUCUUGUUUUUUGGGGGUCAGUAGUUCAAAAGUUAAACUUUGGACUAAAAAUGGGACAGGCAUUCAUAGGGGCAUAUGACUUUUACAUAUAACUUUGUUUUUUUAUUGUUUGCAUGUUAUUUUGUUUCUUUAUUUUCAUCUUGUUUGCAUGUAACUCUAAUCUUUGCUUAUGCUCAUAUUAAUCACACAUAUACUUGCCAUGUUUUCGCAUACUUUAACCAACCAGUAUAAAGGGGCUAAAUCAGUGGCUUACCUUGAAUCACUUGCCUGUGACCACUGUGGGUUUUAAACCUUGCUCAGAGGUGUAGAAUUCUGGUAUAUAUGGAAGGUUGUAUGUUGUACCCAGGUACUGAAAUAGUGCCCUAAGGUGAAUAUUGAGCCCUCCUUCACCAUAAAAGCUUGGAAGGUCAACUAUACAUGACCACACAUGUGUUGGUAUUACUUAAAAACCAACAAAACAACAACAUAAAUAUCCACAUAUUUUGUACUUUAUUUUAUUAAACUUUUACAACAUU